CUCUUACAAUUCUUCUUAUUAUUAACGCCAUAGAUAAUCAUUGAUGAGUAGGUGAUAAGGUUGAAAUGUUUUAAUAUGGGCCCAUAAUAAAUAUGGUUUAUUAUCGCCCAGCCACAAGCUGCCGUCAGCAGAUUCACAAGAUAGAGAGUCUGUGGACGGGCCAUCUGAUGAAGGACUGAAGGUAGAGCGAGUAUCUUCUGAACUCACAUGGAAAAGAGGCGUCUGCUGCUGGUGUCUAACUCCACAUUGCACGGCGGGGGGUACCUGGACCACUGCCAGGCCCACAUCUCCACCUUCUUCGGGAGGCUGAAGAGAGUGCUCUUCGUACCGUACGCGCUCCACGACAGAGACGGAUACGCCUGCCUAGCAAGGACCAAGUUCAACAGCCUGGGUUAUGAGCUGGAUAGCAUCCAUGACGCAGAGGAUCCUCGAGAGGCUGUGAGGACAGCAGAGGCCAUCUUUAUAGGAGGAGGGAACACCUUCCGACUGCUCAAGUGUCUCUAUGACAACCAGCUGCUGGCUGACAUCAGGAGGAGAGUUCUAGAGGACGGCAUUCCCUACAUGGGGUCCAGUGCUGGGACCAACGUAUCGACUAUCAGCAUCAGCACCACAACCCACCCUCGCAGCACCCACAUGGGGGAGACCAGAGAGCAGAGGAUUCUGCAGUACCAUGAGGAACCUGACACGCCCCCUGUACUGGCUCUGAGGGAGGGCUGUGUUCUGAUGGUGGAGGGGAACCAAGCGACUCUACUGGGAGGCUCUGAGGCCCGCCUCUUUACCAGAGGAAAGCCGACUGUGGAGUAUAACACAGGAAGUGAUCUCAGCUUCCUGUUGACUGAUGAACACCAACCAAUCAGAGAUCUUGUUUCGGCCAGCUUUGGUCGUUAAUGUGAUUGUGUGUAAAUAAAGGUCUCUCAGCACA